CAUGGUACUAACUAAGAAUGUAAACAACUCAUUGCGAAAUAAAGCCAAACAUCGUGGCUUGCCACCCGUUAGAUGUAUAGGCAGGCCAUUCGAACACGGGCCUAACGCUAAUGUCCCGUACAUUGGAGCGCCAUUAACCAGCACGACCACCACUAAUAAUAACUGGACUAAUGGUAAUUGGGUCGUGGUCAUAGACAACUUUAACACAUCCGCUCAAACCGAUCCUGUUGUUGAUACCGACUCUGAGACCAGACCAGAGCCGUGUGUUGUCGAGCCGAUUAAUCCAGACCCGAGUACUGUUCCACUAACUACAACCAUUGAUAACGUAGACCAAGAUGAUGACGGAGACCCCAUUCGCUUCAUAGCACUGAACGAGCCGUCCACUAAUGUUAUGCCGAGUGCUGCCGGCUCCAGCAAGGCUGGCCCGUGUAUAAUUACGGCAAGCGGUGCUGUCAGGAGGCCUAUGGGAAAACCCGAGCACAUGAUUAGGACCCGACUAAUAGCGGCUACCUUUUCGAAAAAGCGCGGCGGUAUCAAGAAGCCCAAACGCAAACCGACCAAAAAGACACGAAGAGCUCGGGGCAGCCCAGAACCGUUACGGAGAGCUGGCAGGCCACCCGAUCCACCAUGGCUCAAGGAAAUCAAGAGAUACCAGGGCAGUACCGAUAUCCUGAUCAAAAAGUUACCGUUUCAGCGGCUUGUCCGAGAGGUGGCCUACAAUCUUACGCCGUCGCAAUUCAACAAGGACACUAUGCGUUGGCAAAGCGCGGCAAUCGGUGCACUUCAGGAAGCCGCGGAGAAGUACUUGGUGGACAUCUUGACCGACGCAAACUUAUGUGCUAUACACGGGAAGCGGGUAACGGUGACUCCCAAAGAUAUACAGUUAGCCCGGCGAAUCGGGAAUUAUUAUAAA